UAAAAACUACUUCACAGCCUUUGCUUCUUGUUGAGUUUCAAUUUGAAUCAGGAUGUCCUCCUCCGGUGCGAAACCUCCUUCGCGUUACAGUUCCUACGAUUCACGCUCCUCCACCUCCUCUCAUUUCUCCGACCCUUCUUCCUCCCAUGAAUUCAACAACCCCAGAACCAAACCAGUUUCCUCUCGCGCCCUCGUCAAGACCAAACCCUCUCACACCGCCAAGGUGGACCCCACCUUCACCACCAUGGUCAAGAAGUUCAUGGACCGUAAGCCCAAGUCCUCCUCCGCCACCGCCACCAGGUUGAUUAUUCCCUCCGAUUUGAUAGCGCAGGAUUUGAAAAAGGACGCCAAGAGAGUGGCGGGCUUCUCUGCGCUGCAGAAGAAGCUCUUCGGAAAGGGCGCUUCCGAGAAGAAGGAGAAGGUGAAGGCCUUGACGGAGGUCAAGAACAACACCAGGACAUUGGCCAUGGUGCUCAGGAGCGAGAGGGAGCUUCUCAGCAUCAACAAGGAGCACGAGGAACAAAUUUCUCUCCUCAAACAAAUGCUAGAGGACAGGAACAAAGAGGUGGAGAAGUUGAAGGACUUGUGUUUGACGCAAAGGGAGGAGAUCAAGUCGUUGAAGAAUGCCAUACUGUUCCCGGAUGUUAUGAAUUCUCAGCUUCAAGAGCUUCUAGAGAAGCAAGGUUCGGAGCUGAAGCAAGCCAAAUUGGUUAUUCCAGCUCUGCAACAGCAGGUUUCUUCUCUCACCGGUCAGCUUCAAAACCUUGCGGAGGAUCUUGCUGAGGUCAAGGCUGAUAAAUAUUCAGCCAAAGCAGGUAUUCUCGGUUAUGGAAGUUCUCCGAGGACACCGACAUAUGCCCGGGAAGAUGCUUGCAACUCUUGGGAAUUCAGCUCUGAUGACCAGUCCGAUGACCUAUUACUAAAUGAUCUAAAUCCCUGCUUAACACCAUGCAAUGCCAAAUCAAGAUCAAAGGAAUUUGAGGGUAGGGGCUCUGGCUCUAUACUUGAUGAAAGCUUAUCCGAGGAUGAUGCUAAAGUAUAUCCUGAGAUGAAUUUCAGCGCUCUUGAUCACAAGUUUUCCAAAAGUUCUGAUUGUUGCCAUAAUUCCAGCAAAAGUGUCCCAACCAAAGCAGGUCGAAGAUCUGAUGAGAGCAAAUUAGCCUAUGGAAGUAGAAUGAACCAUAGAUUUGCAUGAAUAAUCUCAAUCCUUGCCCCUUAGUGGGAUUUCUUGUCCCUUGUUCCCUGUUAUCAUCUUUCAGUUUUUACAUUAUUAUACCGUCAAUAUUUCUGUUUCAAGAACUUGGACAUCGUCUCUUUGAAACAUGUAAGAUUAAAUUACUCCUCGUUGUAUAUUUGUGCACAAGGGCAGUGAAUAAGGCGUCCAAAUCCACAUAUCCUUAGAAAUAUUGCUGGAAAAUUCGACAUUACAAAGUACAAACUCCUAUAUCUGCUGAGAUUAUAGCCUUACAUUUGAUCUACCAUUAAAUUGCCUC